AUGGCAAACCUCCCCUCCCAGCACCCCACCCUGUCCAUCCAUCUCAGCGACAUCACCCUCACGCCGCUCAUCACGUCCUCGUCGUCUCCGUCGCACCUCGACUCCCUCACCUCCCUGACCUCGAGCGCGCUGUCGUCGCAAACCGCCGCCCAGCGGGCUCAUCUCGGACGUCCCCAGCGCAUCAUGGUCGAAUACCCCGAUCACGGGGCCGUCGUCCUCCAGACCUAUCUCGACCCGCGGGAAUCCAGCGCCGCCGCGAGUGCCUGUGCCUGUGCCUGUGCCCGCGGCAAAGACGGCGACACCAUAGCGUCCGUUGACGACGACGAUGCCGACCUGCAACAGUCCGAGGAUGCGGCGCCUCUGCUCGUGGGCGUCAUUGUCGCUGGCUCGUCCGACGAGGCGCGAGAGGCGCGACGGGCGGCCGCCCGGUUGGAGAGAGUCGGCCGCGAGUUUCAGCGAGAAUGGAUGGCCCAGACAGAGCGAGGUCGCUCUGGCGCUGGAGACUGA